CCCCAGAACAACAACGUGGACAACCCCAGCUGCGCUGGCAUCGAGGGGGUGCUGGAGUCCUACCUGCAGAGCCUGCGUACCGUCCAGCUCUAUGGUCCCACCAACUUCGCCCCUGUCAUCAACCAGGUGGCUGGGACGGCUGCCCAGGUGACCGAUGGCUCGCAGUACCAUGUCCUCCUCAUCAUCACCGAUGGCGUCAUCUCUGACAUGCUGCAGACCAAGGAAGCCAUCGUCACCGCUUCCGCCUUGCCCAUGUCCAUCAUCAUCGUGGGAGUGGGUCCGGCUGAGUUUGAGGCCAUGGAGGAGCUGGAUGGUGAUGAGGUACGGGUGUCUUCCCGAGGACGCUACGCCGAGAGAGACAUCGUACAGUUUGUUCCGUUUCGGGAUUACGUGGAUGACUCGGGAAACCAAGUGCUGAGCAUGGCCCGCCUGGCCAAGGACGUGUUGGCUGAGAUCCCCGAGCAGCUGCUCUCCUACAUGAAGACCCGUGACAUCAAGCCUCGCCGGGCAGAUCCCCAGUAG